CAACCGCCUGAGAGUUCUCCUGCUGAAGUCUCUGUACAAUGCCUCUAUCAAUCAGAGCGCCCUCCAAUGGAUGAGUCAGGUAGCGGGAUUCCUCGGUGAUCUGCGGCGGCUCCUGGCUGAUCCGGAUGCCGAGGUGUGCCGACACGCUCUGCUCCUCUUCCAGUCGGUGGUGGUAGAUCCGGACGUUCUGGGGCGGCUGUGGGGGGAGGUACAGGAGUGUCUGCCCAGCAUCAUGGAGCUUUCAUUGAGCGCCGACACGCAACUGCAGAGGACCGCCAAGGAUCUACUGGAGGAAGUCAGGGGGGCUGCAGAUUAG